UGUGUCAUUAAUUAAGUUAUCGAAGAAGCAACAUCUGACCUACACAAAAACAAACUUUUGUUCUGAAAUCUGUUUUUCAACAUUUGCUUCGUUUUCAUUUUGUGGUUUUCUUAAACUAUUAUUGCCAAGUAGAUCGUAAUACAAUUGAAAGCGAGCCAUGGUGAUUACCAACGAUAUCAGCUUACCUCCUGAUGAAGAAUUGACCGUUCAAGAGUUAAACUUGUCUACUUCGGCUCUUCGUGCUGGUGCAUUUCAUUUAGGAAAACACUGCGAGAACCAGAAUAAUGAAUUUAUGUUAUGUCGCCAAGAGUUAGAUGACCCGCGGGCAUGUAUAAGCGAAGGAAAAGCUGUAACUAGCUGCGCUCUGGACUUUUUCCGGAAAGUAAAAAAAACAUGUCACGAAGAGUUUUUGCAAUAUGCCACUUGUUUGGACAAAAGUAGUGGCAAUAUGGCUUUUGGAAACUGUCGAAAAACACAAGGCGUCUUAGAUAAAUGUGUAUUAGAUAAUUUAGGUAUUGAGCGCCCCGAUUAUGGAUAUUUCACUCGCGCCAAGGUUCAUUCAACUGAGCGUGAAGCGCCUCCUAAGCCAAUAAAGAAAGAAUAUCCAGAUGCUACGCCUGGCUUACCAGAAGACUAUCCCAAACCACCAGCCAAAUAUGGAUCUCGUUUCCACUGGUUGGAAUAAGCUAUGCCAUCAGUAAAAGUGCUUGCGAAAACAUUUACUGUUGAAAAUGGAGUUUAAAUACUUUUAGAAAAUACAAAGCUUGAAUAAGUGAAUGGACUCAA